AUGGUUGUUUCCUGUUGCAAGAUGUUCACUCUGUUAAUGAAUCGCAGUAACAUUGCGAUACUAAUUGAUAUUCUUGUAAGGAAACCCUGUAAACCGAUCCAGUCCGACGAAAUCAAAAUUCAGCAGAAGUUCGAUAAACAUGUACAGACAAAUACGCUUUUCUAUGCAGUUUGGGUUGAAACAACAUGUCUGUGCAUAGCUGUGACAUCAUUGCUAACAGAAUUCAGAAAAGGAAGAUUAACAUUCAGGGCAUGGUUACCGUUCGAUUAUUCUUCGUCGUCACUGUUUCAUAUUGUAUAUAUGCAUCAGUUGAUAAGUUUGACAGCUGGAUCUAUUCUCCAUGUUGCUUGCGACGGUCUACUAUGUGGAUUACUGAUGCACGUUUGCUGUCAGAUAGAAAUAAUUGAAUGCCGUUUGCAAAAAGUCGCACAUGAUCAAGAUAUUCUUCGCAAAUCCGUCCUGCAGCAUAAUUAUGUAUUCAAGUUGGUUUUAUGCAACUAA